GCAAACAUUAUAGCUUUGAUGCCAUUGCUCCAACAGAGUGAGAACCAUAUUCGAGAGUAGUUAGAAGAGAGGAAGUACCGAUAUAUCAUUAACAAAGGAAUCUUUACAAAUUCCAUAUGGCCGCGGGGACUGGUGCUCCGCUUUUUAUAGGUCCAGGUAUGUCUCUAUUCAGUCUAUUAUUUUAGUAAUUUGAAUUUACAUAUGGUGAUCCUAUAAUUUCUACCCAUCCUUUUUAAUUCCUCAAUCGGUAUGGUGAAGUAGAUAGAGAGUGACUCUCAUUUAUUGAUUCUACUUGUAAUUUCAAUUUCUGUUUAUUUCUGUCGAUGGAAAGUUCAUUGUUUUUAUGAGCAGUGAUAGAAGAAGUAGACGACUUGGUGAAAAAAAUAAUUGGCCCACUUAUCGAGCAAAUUCAAUAUGAUGAUGAGAGAGAGCCGAAGAAGUACCAAAUUCGGAACCUUAUUUUGGUGAUAGUGACGGUUAUUGCGGCGAUGACUUUCCAGGCAGGGAUCAAUCCACCAGGCGGGUUAUGGCAGGAUAAUCAGAAAGAACAUGUAGCUGGAAGCGCCAUUUUUGCAUAUCGGAAACCAGCAGCCUUCUAUGUUUUCUUGGUCUUUAACACCAUGGCUUUUACAACGUCAGCUUUCAUCAUUUUCUGUUUCACCCAGCGUUUCCCGCUCGGUCUUGAAAUACGACUGGCUAUUGUUUUUCUCAUAGUGACUUAUGCAUGUGCAGUUUCUGCCAUUAUACCACCUGAAUCAGCAAAUCUUGCUUACAUCUUGCUCGUGGCUCUUCUACCUAUUGUGGUACUGUCUUUGAUCUGCCGGUGCACCCGUCCGGAAGCAGCGGCAGGGAACAAUUGAAUCGUGAGUCGAGAAGCCGGACAACAGAUGACGCAGGUGUAGAUAUUCAAGAAGCUAUCAACAAUUUAGCUCGAGUUCUAUGCAGUUCACGUCAUCGACCUUCAGAAGCUGAAGUUUGAAAUAUAUUGAAUGAUUUGGGACUGAAGUUUGAAAUAUGUUGAAUAAUUUGGUACUUUACUCAGAUCAAAUUAUUUCUGUUUAUUUAUAUUUGGUUGAACAUUCAAAUAAAUUAAGAGUAUUAGGAUGUUCACUUGGGACAGCUUAGGUAUUAUUAUGAGAGUUGUUUUCAGUACUUCUUAAUUAUUAGGCUCUUAGACGUAAUUAUUAAUUUUAUUUUUUAAAUUGGACUAGUCUACUUUUGCAUCAAUUAAAAUUUAUGUUUGAAUAAUUUUUUAGAGUUUGAUUUUUAUUAGUUAUUUUAUUUUAUUGUUUAUUAACAUCAUUAAAAUUAUAUUAUAAUAAAAUCAUUUGCUUCGU